AUCCAUCUCACGACCUCACGACAAAACAAUGGUCAAGACAAAGUCCAAGGCGCGCAAGGGAGCAGUAGCGAAGGCACCUAAGCCUGCGCCGUCAGGUUCGGCUGCCGAUGUCCCAGGUCUCAUUGACAAGGCGCACGUCCUGCUCGCGCAGUCCAACUUUGACCUGGCGAUCAAGUUCCUCGAGCGCGCGCUGCAGCUCGAGCCGACCAAUCUUGAGGCGCGCGAGCUGCUUGGCGUCGCAGAGCUGGAGGAGGGUGAUGGAGACAAGGGACGCGAGGGCCGGCAGCACCUCCUCCACCUGUUCCCCCCGCACACGGCCGAGCCACCCAGCUCCCCCUCGCCAUACCUCUACCUCGCGCAGAGCGCAUCCGAGCCGCAGGAGGCGCUGGGGUACUACUCGACCGCGGCGGCCAUGAUUGAGAACAAGCUGAACGGAAAGGGCAAGGGCAAGGCCGCGGACCCCGCCGAGGUGGAGGAGGAGCGCCGCAUGGCGGUCACUUCGCUGAUUGCCAUGAUUGAGAUCUGGAUGAGCGACCUGUGCUUCGAGGCCGAGGCGUCAAAUAACUGCGACGCGCUGAUCGCGCGCGCCGUGUCGGUCGCACCGAAUGACCCAGAGGUGCUCCUUACCCUCGCGUCCAUCCGCCUCUCGCAGUCCAAGUUUGACGAGGCCAAGGCGACGAUUCUGCAGGUGUACUCUGACCUUGAGGGCCGGGAUCCAUUCGACCCCAUGCUCCCGGGUCUGCCGGUGCGGUUGACGUUUGCGCGCCUGCUCCUCGAGCACCACCUGCACCUCGAGGCGCUGGACAUCCUGUCCACCGUGCGCGAGGAGGACUCGCUCGAGGUCGAGGGCGCGUACCUCGAGGGCUGGGCGUACCACCUGCGCGGGGAGGCUGUCGAGGCGGACCCGACGCUGCUCGCAGCGGCGUCCAACGACGACAACGACGAGGACAAGCCCCUGACCGUGGCGGAGAACUAUGCCGAGUCGAUGCGCGCGCUGCUCGAGGCCGCCAAGCUCUUCACCGAGCAGGAGUACCCCGACGAGGGCAUCGGCGCGCACAUCCAGGAGCUGCUCAAGGGCCUCGAGGCGCGCGGCGUCCAGCCCGCAGUCAACGAGGAGGCGGAGGACGACGCGGCCGACGAGGGCGGCUGGGAAGAUGUCGAGGGCGACGGCGACGUCGAGAUGGCCUAGGUGCCGGGGUUGGCUGGCCCACAACAACAAUAGACUCGGAACGAUCCAUGCUAGAUAAUGCGAUGUACAACAGUGCCGUGGCCGUGCUACGCUGCUACUACUUCUUGAGAGCGGCCUUCUCGGCGCGCGCCCGCGCCCGCGCCACCUCGUUGGCCCACCAGUCCUCCAUGUCGCUGCUGACGCCGAUAUGCCGCACGCUGGGCUCGGACAGCAUCUCGAGGGUACGCCCGAACUUGCGGAUCUGGAGUCGAGCAGGUCAGUAGAGUUGCGUUGCGCUGCGCUGCGACAUGACUUGACGCGACGCGACGCCACCACCCACCUGG